CAGCGUGCGGGCCCAGACGUGGCGCAGCGACCCGGAGGUUCUCCUCCCGCUUGCGCAUCUUCUUCGGCUGGUCUGAUGAGCGUCCUGUUGCCUCCGCCGCCGCUGCUGCUGCUCCUCGCGGCGCUUGUGGCCUCGGCCACAGCCGCCACCACUUACCGGCCGGACUGGAACCGUCUGCAAGGCUUGGCCCGGGCUCGGGUAGAGACCUGUGGGGGAUGACAGCUAAACCGCCUGAAGGAGGUGAAGGCUUUCGUCACCCAGGACAUUCCAUUCUACCACAACCUGGUGAUGAAACACCUCCCUGGGGCCGACCCGGAGCUCGUGCUGCUGGGCCGCCGCUAUGAAGAACUGGAGCGCAUCCCGCUCAGCGAAAUGACCCGCGAAGAGAUCAACGCGCUGGUGCAGGAGCUCGGCUUCUACCGCAAGGCGGCGCCCGACGCGCAAGUGCCCCCGGAGUACCUGUGGGCGCCCGCCAGGUCCCCCGAGGGAGCUUCGGACCGCGCCGACCUGUAGGUCCGGGGACGCGGCGGAGCUAGGACCACCCUGCCCGAGUCCCGGAGACAGAAUGAAGCGCUCAGCAUCCCGGGAGUAGCUCCCUUGCUGAGGGCCGACGCCCGUCCCCGAGCCUGCAGGAAUGGGAUUGGGGAGGUUCCUCCCAACCCGCUUUCUUCCAUCCCCAGCUCCACUAAAUCCCUUCUGCCUUAACUGA